AUGUUGUCCAAGAAAUCGUCGCGUUCAUCGUUAUCAUCACGGUCGUCAAGAGAACGGAAUAAACGGGAAAUUCUUAUCUUCUUUACAGUCAGCGUGCUCACCUCUAUUUAUACCGUUGCAAAAGCGGUUUAUAUGAGUAUGGUUCUACGUGACAACAGUGUCGGAAUGAUUUCCUCGUAUUUACAAUGUCUUACCUCUACCGCUAUAGUUCUGUUGAAGGUGUGCACUGUUCUUUUUGCAAAUCUCAGAUUUCGUCGCGUUUGCAUCAUUGUAAUGGUACUCCACAUUCUACUUGAUGCAGCCAUAUCCGUUUUCGCUUUAUAUAAAGGAGCAGAAAAAUCAGCUAUUGCUGUUUAUGGCACAUUCGCUAGCUUCAUGGACUUGACUAUAUACAGCCUAUUUCUACGCUUAAAGAUGGAAAAGAAGAACUAA